AUGUCAGGAAUCAUCCACAAGAUCGAGGAGAAGCUCGGCAUGGGCGGCCACAAGGAAGGCGAAAAGCACGACGAGCACAAGGCCGCCGCCGCCUCCCACAAACCCGAGCACGGCCACGGCGAGCACAAGCCCGAGCACAAGGAGGGGUUCGUCGACAAGAUCAAGGACAAGAUCCACGGCGAGGGCGGCGAGCACGGCAAGGACGGCGAGAAGAAGAAGAAGAAGGAGAAGAAGAAGAAGGAAGGCCAUGAACACGGCCACAGCAGCAGCAGCGAUAGCGACAGCGAUUGA